UUGUAGCGUAUCGCUAUUCGUCGUCAAUAACUAUACGAUACGAUCCCGGGGCGUGUUCUGCGUAACAGAGAAACUGAAAGAAACCGACCGGCUUAUUUUACUUUCAUCACUUAAACGAGUAAAGUUAACUCUUUGCAGAUAAAAAACUGAAAUGCGAGCUCUGUUACGACCCGUCACACCCCUGUGAGAGAUCGUGAAUCGUGUUCGUUGCGUGUCUCUGUUUCAAGGGUUGUGCUAUUCCCGCGGCUGUUUAUCAGUGUUUACUAUAGAGUGACUGAGCUGAUGUUGUGCAGUGUAAGUUCUGUGUAAGAUCGCGCGUUAUUCAUUGAUGGGCGGCUUUUUGCACGCGGCGAAGGCGGCAGAUCGGCCGCAACGGCGGAUACCAGUUUUCCGGAGGGUCUACUUUAAAAUCCGCCACACUGGAACUGAUGGAAUUAGAAAAUAUCGUAGCCAACACUGUCUACUUGAAAGCCAGAGAGGGCGGUUCCGAUAGCAACAAGGGCAAAAGCAAGAAAUGGCGGAAGAUCCUACAAUUCCCUCACAUAUCGCAAUGUUUAGAUAUAAAAACAAAAAUAGAUGUAGAAUACGAUUACGUGGUGGACCAGCAGCCGAUCGGCAAGCUGCUCUUCAGACAGUUCUGUGAACGGAACCGACCGAACUACCACAAGUACAACAGCUUCUUAGAUGCGAUCUGCGCAUCGUGGUCUUCAAGCCAGAAUAACAAGAAAAGCUUACGUACGGAAAGAUACGAGGUGGAGGUGGAUGAGACGCGGACGGCGCUCGCCGUCGAGCUUUUCGGACGGUACCUGAAGACGGAGGAUGGGGAAGCGGUCACGGAUGUCGUCCCUCCUGACGUCAUCGAUGACGCGAGCAAGUUACUUGAAGGCGGCUCGAAGGACAUCUUCACGGAGUGCAUACGAUGCGUCAAGAACUUCCUCGCUGGCAGUCCGUUCUCAGAGUUCGAAAGGUCGAUGUACUUCCACCGCUACCUCCAAUGGAAAUGGCUGGAGGCGCAGCCGAUCACUCAGCAUACGUUUCGGAUGUACCGCGUAUUGGGGAAGGGAGGAUUCGGGGAAGUGUGCGCGUGUCAGGUACGUGCAACGGGUAAAAUGUACGCGUGCAAAAAGUUAGAAAAGAAAAGAAUAAAGAAGAGGAAAGGCGAGAACAUGGUGAUCACGGAGAAAUUAAUAUUGCAACGGAUCAACUCUCGCUUCGUGGUCAACUUGGCGUACGCGUACGAGACGAAGGACGCGCUGUGUCUCGUACUGACCAUUAUGAACGGCGGCGACUUGAAGUUCCACAUCUACAACAUGUGCGGCGCCGACACCGGGCUCGGCCUCGAGCGCGCGCGCUUCUACGCCGCGCAGGUCGCCUGCGGGCUCGAGCACCUGCACAAGAUGGGCAUCGUCUACAGGGACUGCAAGCCGGAGAACAUCCUGCUGGACGACGCCGGCCACGUGCGCAUCUCGGACCUCGGGCUCGCCGUCGACGUGCCCGACGGAGGCAGCGUGCGCGGCCGAGUGGGCACCGUGGGCUACAUGGCGCCCGAGGUGAUAGACAACGAGCGGUACACGUUCAGCCCCGACUGGUUCUCGUUCGGCUGCCUGGUGUACGAGAUGAUCGAGGGCCGCGCGCCGUUCCGCGCGCGCAAGGAGAAGGUGAAGCGCGAGGAGGUGGACCGGCGCGUGAAGCACGAGGCGGAGCGCUACUCGCACAAGUUCAGCGAGUGCGCGCGCGCGCUGUGCGGCGCGCUGCUGGCCAAGAGCGCGGGCGCGCGGCUGGGCGGCGCGGGCCGGCGCGGCGCGGCGCUCGUCAAGCAGCACCGCUUCUUCGCGCGCCUCAACUGGGCGCGCCUCGAGGCCGGCAUGGUGGCCGCGCCCUUCGUGCCCGACCCGCACGCCGUCUACGCCAAGGACGUGCUCGACAUCGAGCAGUUCUCCACCGUCAAGGGCGUCAACCUCGACGCCGCCGACGACACCUUCUACGGGAAGUUCAACACGGGCUCCGUCAGCAUCCCCUGGCAGCGGGAGAUGAUCGAGACCGGCUGCUACGCCGAGCUGAACGUCUUCGCGUCGGACGAGGAGGGCAAGGAGAGUCGCACGGCGGACCUGCAGCUGUCGCCGCCCAGCGCGCCCGCCGACACCGACACGGGCUGCUUCGUCUUCGCGAGACGGACGCUGUGCCCGCAGAAGAAGGUCCCGGCGCGCCUGCGGCCCGUGUGCGUGCCCGCGCACCUGCUGGCGCCCGCCUCCCCCGCGCCCGCCAGCUGACCGCCCGGACACGCGCUCCUGCUGCUCUUGGUGAACUUUAUACAGCGCUCUGAUUCUGUAACUGACUUCACUUCAUUUCUUACCGAAUGACCCGGAACACUGUAAUCGAACGAAUAUUCAAAAUCCAGAGUAGUCGUUGUAGCAUUUAUGUAAUCGCAGCGCUGUAUUCGAAUUAAACAUUCAUGAACAAGUUAGUUUAAGAACAAUUUUUUAUAUACGUAUUAUAAAUGUAAUCGUGCAAAAUUGAAUAGUUUUUAUCGAACACCGUCUCUUUGUUGUAAUCGAGUCCACUUUUGUAUAUUGACAGGUUAUUUUGAUGAUUUGUUUUCUACCGACUGAUGUUUUCAUUUUAUACGUAUUAUUUACGAGCUCAAACAUGAGUAUUAAGCGAACAAAAACCUUAUUUGUAUCGUAGUAGAGUAUAUUAUCCGACACCCCGAUGAAAGCGAUUUUGUCGUAUGAUAAAAUUUUGCUAAUUGAAAAAUUUAAGGCGAAAUCUUUUUUACAUGUAAUUUGUUGAAGUUUUUCGUAAAGAUUUAUUAAUUUUCGAAAUACGUUAAUACGUAUCUUUAUUGAUAUAUAAUAUACCUCAUUAUGUGUAAUCGUUUAUGUAUUAAAGCUUAAAUCGGGGUAUUAUUUAUUUAAUGUGAAACGUGUUGAUAUUAUUUAUUAUUUGAUUACGUUUAAUUGUAAAUUUUUAGGAGCCGAAUAUUUGAAUAAAAUGCUUAUACGUGUUUAAAAUUAUAUGUGUUCGUAUGUUCGUUACGGUUGUGUGAGGUCGUUUCGGUGUAUAUGAGAAUAGGUUGAUGGAUUGAAAUAUUGAAAGAUUCUCUUGGAAGAUUACGUAAUGCUAACGGAACUAGGACGUGGUUGACGUAUCGCUUUUUUUGGAUAGGACGAUGUAGCCAGCUGAAAAAAUGCAAGUAUUUUCUUUAUCGCUUACUUAUAGCGAAAGAAAUGAAGGUACGUGUUAGAUAAAUAGAAUUGAGAGCUACUUAGCUGGUAUAGUGAUGCUGUAGGCAAAGGAAUGGCACAAAAGAAAAACCUAUUUAUUUUCAAUGCAAUAAAUUAUUUUUUUACUUUUUGAUGAUAAUGUAAUAGAAUUAAAAUGACAUUAUAAUGCAGAAAUUACUAAAUGUUAAAUCGAGCAAUAAUUAUGAAAAUGAUAAUAUUUAGAAGUUGAGGACGAAAAAUCGAUGUUUUUUCUAUGAUGUUAAUAUUUUUAAUAAUCUGUGGAUGUAACUUUUUUCGUAUUCGAUAAGAUUUUUAAUAUUUCAUUAUUGACGUAUGCUUUUCUUUAAAUACGUUGAAAAUUUAUAUAAAAAAAAUAUAUCUUAAAAAUUGCUUCUAAAUAUUUUGAUUAUAUUUUUCAAUUAAAACUAUUAUUGUAUAAGGAAAUGGAUGAAGUGUGUGUCAAAUGAUGAAUUGAAUUGAAAAUCUCUGCUUUGAUUUAUGCUGUUGAGAAAUAUAAUGAAGAGUAUGUCAGACUUGGACAGAAAAUGUAAUCAGAUUAAAUUAAAAUUUAUCUGUAAUAGUGACUGAUGAUUACAUAUUUUAUUCGUUAAUCAUUAAUCUGGUUAAAUUUUGCCCAAGUCUGGAGUAUGUUAUGUAAUGUUUAGUUUUCCUAGAACUCUGUCAUGACAUUUUGUUAUAAAUAUCGUCACAUUUAUCGAAUUACAUUUAAUACAGUUUAGACCAGGGCUUCCCAACUAGAGGUAACUACAUUUAUAAACUAUUUGUUAUUUUUAAAACCUACACUAUACACAAACCAUUGUAAUCAUCAAUCGCUCUAAUCGUGAUUGAUGAUUACAAUUUGUAGUCUUGAUCCUUAAUCAUUCAUCUGAUUACAUUUUGCCCAAAUCUGACAAACAUUUGUAUAUGCUUAAUAAUAUAAGUCAUUACAACGUCAGUUAUUUAAAAUCAAUUUCCAUUAUACAUUUUUUUAUCGAAAUGAGAAAUGGGGCACAUACAAUGUUGGCAAACCCUGGUUUAGAUUUUGAAAGCUCCAAUAUACGGUCCUAAUUAACGUUCGUUCACAGUUUCUUAUUAAUUUUUUUUUAAACGAUGCACAAAUUUAUUCGUAUACAUUUUGACGCCAUAUUGUACAUUGCCAGUAAAUAACUUCCAUAUUGUAUUAGAUGUAAGUAUUAAUGCAUUUUGAUGUGUACUUUUUAAUUGUAUUUUUCGAUUUUAAUAAUGCCUGUUCGAUGGUGUAAUGGCGUUACGAUGUUACUAAUACACGUAAGUAAAUCAUAAGUCGGGAGCCGUCUUGUGGAAAAGAUUGGACCGUCGAGAAUGUUCUAGAUUGUAUAAAUAGCUUUUUGUUUUUUUUUUUUUAAUAAAUGUCAAUUUGCUCACUUGUAGUGUAAUAGCGAAAGCACUUUUGCUCAGGGUUUAGCACUGCUAAGAUCUGUGGUCGCAAUCUUUUUCGCAACGGCAGCAUUUGUUAUAAACGAAUAGUGUCGCACAAUGAAUGUUUUUACAUCGCUUCCGUCGCCGACUGCUUGUUCAUUCCAUAAAAAUCAGAUCGCCAUAGAAUAGUGUUUUUUUUAAUGUAGCAACGUGUAUUAGUGUACGGUGGUGCGGUGAACGGAACGGUGUGACGAUUGAGUUCCUAAAGAAGCGCUCGGGUCAAAAAUAUAUGGAAAGCGAUAUAAUGUCGAUCCAUGUACAUUUACUAAAAAAAUUGUUGUCGAGCGCGAGCCUCUGAUGUACAGUCAAGCACAAAAGCAGAAUUUGUUAGCAUUUACAAUACACUCGUCACCAUUGGAUUUGUACGGAUUUAUUUAUGAGUGUGAAGCGUGUAACGGGACGAUUUUUUUAAUACCUUUUUUUUGCUGUACAAAUGUCACGUAUAAAGAUACACUAGACUAGACAAUUUUUUUAGAAAUUUUAUUCAUCUACGCAUAGAUUGCGUUCCGUUACACUCUUCAAGAUUUUUUCAAACCUGUAUCAUACUCAUAGGUGCAUUUUCGACUAAAUGUAUUGAGAUAUUAAUUUUUAUUUAUGUUGGUAAAAAGGUUUACAGUGGCGAGUCACGUGACAUUUAUAUAUCAAAUGCAAGCGAUUCGAAACGUUGUUUCGAUAGGAUAAGGUCGAAAUUUGAUGAUCAUUUGAACACGUGACCGGUUGUACCUUGCGUCUUAGUGGAAUGUAAACUUAGCUUUCUUAAUACUGUUAGUCGUUAUUGCAGUAUUUUGAUGCAAAUAUUAUUAUUUAAUAAGCGUAUUCAUAAAUAAAUUGACUCCGAU